AGAUUAUAAACUUAACCACUCGUCGUCGUCUCUUCUUUCCUCAGCUCCUCCGGCGAUGGUUUUACACACACUAAGACUCGCCACCGUUCCUUUGACCUUCACUACUUCUCGUCUCUUCCUCAAACCAUCUCCAACUCUUUCUUUCUUUUCCCGCCAUGUUCAACCACGUAAGCCUUCUUUCCUGCUCAGAGCAUUCUCCAAUUCCUCCGCCGUACAAGACACUCCACUCACGCAGACUUCUUCGGAUUCCUCUGCUGCGAGGCCUCCUCAGUGGAAGGCUGCCAUUGACUUUAAAUGGAUAAGAGAUAACAAGGAAGCAGUGGAAAUCAAUAUCGAGAAUAGAAACUCCAAUGCGGAUUUGGAAGCUGUGCUCGAGCUUUACGAGAACAUGGUCACUCUCCAGAAGGAAGUUGAAGGGAUUCGUGAGGAGAGGAACAAUGUUGCUAAGAAGAUGAAAGGGAAGCUUGAACCUUCAGAACGUGAGAGACUCGUGGAAGAAGGUAAGAAUCUUAAGGAAAGUCUUGUGACUCUGGAAGAAAACCUAGUGAAGCUUCAAGAUGAGCUUCAACAUGUAGCAAGGUCUAUACCAAAUAUGACUCACCCUGAUGUUCCCGUUGGUGGAGAGGAUUCAUCGGCUAUUAGAAAGGAGGUUGGUAGUCCACGUGAGUUUAGUUUUCCAAUAAAGGAUCAUCUUCAGCUUGGGAAGGAUCUAGAUCUCAUUGAUUUUGACUCUGCUGCAGAGGUAAGUGGUUCAAAGUUUUUCUAUUUGAAGAAUGAGGCAGUGUUAUUGGAGAUGGCACUCCUUAAUUGGACAUUAUCAGAAGUCAUGAAGAAAGGCUUCACGCCCCUAACAACCCCUGAAAUUGUGAGAUCAUCUAUUGUUGAGAAAUGCGGCUUCCAACCUCGUGGAGAUAAUACUCAGGUUUAUUCUAUAGAUGGAACUGAUCAAUGUCUCAUUGGUACCGCCGAAAUCCCCGUGGGAGGGAUACACAUGGAUUCAAUUCUUCUUGAAUCAUCAUUACCUUUGAAGUAUAUAGCGUUCUCUCAUUGCUUCCGUACUGAAGCAGGUGCAGCUGGCGCCGCCACAAAAGGUCUUUACCGAGUCCAUCAGUUCAGCAAGGCGGAAAUGUUUGUCUUGUGCAGACCUGAAGAUAGUGAAUCCUUCCACAACGAACUCAUUCAGAUUGAAGAAGACUUGUUCACUUCUCUAGGACUACAUUUCAAAACAUUGGAUAUGGCCACAGCGGAUUUAGGCGCUCCAGCUUACCGCAAGUUUGACGUUGAAGCAUGGAUGCCUGGUUUAGGACGCUUUGGCGAGAUAUCGAGUGCAUCAAACUGCACUGAUUACCAAAGCAGGAGACUAGGAAUCCGUUUCCGCCCAUCUGAGCCGCUUCAGACUGGUCCUAAGAAAGGCAAAGCGAAUCUUCCGCCUACCAAGUUUGUGCACACACUAAACGCAACAGCGUGUGCUGUCCCGAGGAUGAUGGUGUGUUUGCUGGAGAAUUACCAGCAAGAAGAUGGAUCCGUGGUGAUCCCUGAGCCUCUCAGGCCUUUCAUGGGAGGGAUUGAAGCCAUUAAACCCAAGCUUAGAUAGUUUUUUUAAUGGCUAUCUCUAUGAAGUCUUGUUGUAGUAACUCAUGAUCUGUUGUGUUCUUUUAUUCAUUUUCAUAAUAUUUGAUUGCACACUGAAUAUUUAUCUUCAUUUCACAAUAUGUUCAUAAUGGAACUUUUGCCUCAA